AUGGAGACGACGUUGCCACUUCCUUUCCUCGUUGGUGUGUCUGCACCACCAGAGUUGGCAUCAGACGAGGGGCUCACCCGCCAUGAGCUCUCAUGCUUAGGUUGUGUCUUCUUCGAACUCACUCAGGACAGCCUCGACAACACUUUGGACUGGCUCAGCCAAAACUCAAAUUACCAAACAUUCUUCGAUGUAACAGCCAUUGAAUCAAAGGACGACAUCAUCUCACUUUUGAACCAUGGAGCCAGGAAAAUAUUCGUGCAGCCAGAUAGGCUAUCUGAGUUCGCAGAGUUCAAGGGACGAGUUGCCCCGGCGGUCAGUAAGACGAGUGAGGUGAAGGCUGCAACACAAUAUGGAAUUCUCCUAAAGGAAUUCGACCAAACAAAGUGCGACGUCGCUGCAUUCCUCGAGAAGAACAAGACCGAAAAGACCCCACCACUGUACAUCAAGCCUGCUGCCGAGAGGGUCGUAUACGAGCACUUUGUCGACAUCUGCGGGCAGAUCUCUGCCAUCCCUGUCUUGCCUUCGGCGGCCUUGACAACCGACAAGAAUGACGACAAGAAGCUGUUUGUCUCCAAGUUAUUGUCAGGGUCGUGGACUUCAGAUCGUACGGAUAAACUCAUGCCUACUGUGGUAUGCGAUGAGAGAGGAAUUGCCCUCGGUCUGGUUUACAGCAGCGAAGAAAGCGUUGCCGAGUCUCUGAGGACACAGACCGGUGUCUAUCAAAGCCGAAAGCGAGGGUUGUGGUACAAGGGCGCCACGUCAGGAGACACCCAGGAGCUCGUCAGGAUUUCGCUGGACUGUGACAAUGAUGCCCUCAAAUUCGUCAUCAAGCAAAAAGGCAGAUUCUGCCACCUGGAUCAAUUUGGCUGCUUUGGUGACCUAAGAGGUAUUUCCAAGUUGGAACAGACUCUUGUCUCAAGAAAACAGUCAGCCCCUGAAGGCUCUUACACGGCCCGUCUUUUCUCAGACGAGAAGUUGCUGCGUGCGAAGAUUAUGGAAGAGGCGGAGGAGCUUUGUGACGCAAAGUCACCAGAAGAUGUGGCAUUCGAAGCCGCCGACCUGAUCUACUUCGCACUCACAAAGGCUGUCAGUGCAGGUGUCAGCUUGGCGGAUAUUGAGAAGAACCUGGAUGCAAAGAGCUUGAAGGUCAAGAGGAGGACAGGAAACGCGAAGGGCAAAUGGGCAGAGAAAGAGGGCAUCACGAAUAGUGCCGUGAACCAGGCCAAGGACGCAGCCAAGGAAGCGCCCGCUGCCGCUCCGCUCACAUCGGCACCAGCAGCGAAGGCUCAAACCGCACCGGAAACGGAUAGGAUCACCAUGAAGCGCAUCGAUGUAAACAAGGUUGGUGAAGCACAAGUAUCGGAAGCUUUGAAACGACCAUCACAAAAGUCUGCCGAGGCUAUUCUUGGUAUAGUUACUCCAAUCAUCAGCGACGUCCGACAGAAUGGUGACAAGGCUUUAUUGUCGUAUACUCACAAGUUCGAGAGGGCUACAUCCUUGACAACGCCUGUACUGAAGGCUCCUUUCCCCGAGUCGCUUAUGCAGCUUCCGGAAGAGACUAUCAAAGCAAUCGACAUCUCCUUUGAGAACAUUCGAAAGUUCCACGCUGCACAAAAGGAGGAGCCCCUACGAGUCGAAACCAUGCCGGGUGUUGUCUGCAGCCGUUUCUCGAGACCCAUCGAGCGAGUUGGUUUGUACGUGCCCGGUGGCACGGCUGUCCUGCCUAGCACGGCCCUCAUGCUGGGUGUGCCUGCCAUGGUCGCAGGCUGCCAGAAGAUUGUCCUUGCCUCCCCGCCACGCGCAGAUGGUAGCAUCACACCAGAAAUCGUCUAUGUAGCUCACAAGGUCGGCGCCGAGAGCAUCGUUUUGGCGGGUGGUGCUCAAGCAGUGGCAGCUAUGGCUUACGGAACUGAGAGCGUUACCAAGGUUGACAAGAUCCUCGGACCUGGUAACCAGUUUGUCACGGCAGGCAAGAUGUAUGUUAGCAACGACACCAACGCUGGUGUGAGCAUUGACAUGCCCGCCGGCCCCUCAGAAGUGCUCGUUAUCGCAGACAAGGACGCCAACCCUGCGUUUGUGGCAUCUGAUCUGCUGUCUCAAGCCGAGCACGGCGUCGAUAGCCAGGUGAUUUUGAUCGCUAUCGACCUCGACGAGAAGCAACUUCAGGCCAUCGAAGACGAGCUCCACGAUCAAGCCAUGGCUCUUCCCCGUGUCGACAUUGUCCGUGGCGCCAUCUCCCACUCGGUCACCAUCCAGGUCAAGAACAUUGACGAGGCCAUGCGCAUCAGCAACGAGUACGCCCCUGAGCACCUGAUCCUGCAGCUCGCCGACGCCGAGGCCGUGGUCGAGAAGGUCAUGAACGCCGGCAGUGUAUUCGUUGGCCAGUGGACGCCCGAGAGUGUUGGUGAUUACUCGGCUGGCGUCAACCACUCUUUGCCCACAUACGGUUACGCAAAGCAGUACUCUGGUGUCAACCUCGGCUCUUUCGUCAAGCACAUCACGAGCGCCAACCUCACGGCUGAGGGCCUCAAGAACGUCGGCGGGGCUGUCGAGCAGCUCGCCAAGGUCGAGGAACUCGAAGCUCACAAGAGAGCCGUCAGUAUCCGCCUCGCUAGCCUGAGGAAGUAG